AUGGCAGACAUGUUAGUGGAUGGAACCGCUCAUAACCAGAUGCUAUCUUUCAUGGAUGGCAAUGCAGGAAAAAUCCAACCCUUUUCUCCCCUGUUAAGACUAAAGCAGGAACAGACAUUCAAAUGGGAAGAACAGCACCAACAGGCUUUCCAGGAAAUAAAGCAUUACCUCUCAAAUCCGCCAGUUCUGUCCCCACCAAAAAGGGGCAGACCCCUCAAGCUUUAUGUAUCUGCAUCAGAAGUAUCCAUUGGAAGUCUGCUAGUUCAAGACAACAAAGAAGGGAAAGAACAGGCAGUCUACUAUCUAAGUAGAACAUUGACAGAAGUGGAAAGAAGACUUAAUCAAAUACAUGCUAACAAGACCAAUGCUGAGGGGCAGAAUUGGGAAAUGGACUUUGGCUUUGACAGAAUUCACCCUCAGACAGACAAGGCUUCAGGAGCAGGGAUUGUUCUGGAAGAACCAUUGGGGGUCAGGCAUUGCUAUUCUUUCCAGUUAGAUUUCCAAUGCACCAACAACAGGGCCGAAUAUGAGGCUUUGAUUAUAGGGCUCGAAAUGUUGGUAGAAUUAGGAGUCCAGUCCGUGGAAAUCUUGGGAGAUUCCAUGCUUGUCCUAAAGCAGAUUGCUAGAGAAUAUAAGUGUCUGAAUCCCUCUCUGGCUGUAUAUCUAGUGGCAGCUAGAAAUCUGCUAACAGAAUUUAGAGAAGCUACUUGGGAGCACAUCCCGAGGGAGAAGAACUUCGCAGCCAAUGAACUGGCUCAGGUAGCAUCAGGCAUACAAAUGCCUGAAGACUGCGUCCAGAGGAUCAUCAAGGUAGGAAGGAAAAGUCUACCGUCAGUUCUGACUAGAGGAAUGGAGAUAGAAGUCAAUUCUGCCUUGAUUACUAAAAACGAUUGGAGGGAACCUAUCAUGACUUACUUGCAGUACCCCACUCUACCCUCUGAGAAGAAAGUCAGAAUCAUGGCUACGAACUAUCUCAUGUGGAAUGAAGAUUUGGUCCGAAAAAGUAAGGAUGAGGUGCUAUUAAGGUGCCUCGGAAAGACAGAAUAUAUGAAAGUCAUGGGAGAAACCCAUGAAGGGGAUUGCAUCAACUAUUCCAAGGGAUGUGAAGCUUGUCAAAGACACGGCCCAAUCCAGCGGGCUCCUUCAGUCCCCAUGAAUCCAGUAGUGAAACCAUGGCCUUUUAGGGGAUGGGCAAUGGAUCUCAUUGGCAAAAUCUAUCCAGCCAGUGGCCAGCAGCAUUGUUUUAUCAUUGUUGCUACAGACUAUUUCACCAAGUGGGUAGAAGCCAAGCCAAUCAAAACCACAACUUCUCAAGAGAUCAUCACCUUUAUAGAAGAACAGAUCAUACAGAGAUUCGGCAUUCCAGAGUCAAUCACAACUGAUAGGGGAUCUUCUUUCAUAUCUAGGGAUAUGCUAGAUAUGGCAGAAACAUUCAAAUUCAAGCUGCUUCAAUCUACCCCCUAUUAUGCUCAAGCUAAUGGACAGAACUUCAAAAAGAGAAGCCACUGGCAAAUGGUUAUUCACAACGCCCCAAUCAAUGGCAAAUGGUUAAAGAAAUUCUACCCAACCAUGUGGGAUUCACAAGCUGUACAGACAGAUCCCGGGAUAGAAGAGGAACAAGGCUAA